GUUUGCCACGGGUUCGAAGUUUGCAGUCCUUUACAUCCUGGCGCACAUGCUCUAAUCAAGAAGAACGAAGUACGGUUGUGGAAUGUUUAACCCAGCGAGCAUUGGAGACGUCCAGACAAGUAAUCUUCGGUCUACGUACGUGCUGUCUUGGUUGUUGAAAGUGCUACUGGCCCUUGGACCUGCUAGCGCUCGGUGCCAGUUCCCUAUUGAGAGAGAGGACUUGGAACUAAUCGACAAUAGAAAAAGUGUCUCGGUACACUUGUCUAAUAAAUAUAUCCAGAGCUACAUGGGCGAAUGCUGGAAUUGAGGAGCAUGCAGUAUGAAGUUGUUGUUCACUUAGAGGGUGCGCAGUUAGAGAGGGCAUGCAACUAGAGAGGGGUACUGCAGGCACACAAUCGGGGAG